GAAACAGCUGUAAAAACAGCCGUCUUCAUGGGAACAGUGCAGAGGAGGGAACACAUUCUGAUUAAUUAGCAGGCCUGAGUGGAAACCUGAGCUUGCACACAUAUUACAGGAAUCUGUGUGUAUGUGUGUGCUGAAGGCAGACAAGCCUUUUUUUUUUCUUCAUCAAAAAGAUUUGUAAUUUACCAGUUGAUCUGAGAAAGAUCUGGCUUACUACUUGUGCGGAAUAUCAUUUCGGGACAAACACUUAAUACAGAAAUUGAAGGAGCAAGAAACCAAAGAACAUGGGCACCUGCCCCAUCCGAUGUCAAUCCAACCUGACAAUCCUAGAAAAUCCACCUGAACCUCUAUCACCACCCCUCCAGGAGAGCAUUGUUGUAUCCCUCUGUAACUAUCCAUCUUUAGAGGGUACAGAAUUGACCAUGUGCAUUGGGGAACGACUCACCAUCAUAUCAGACGACGGUGAUUAUAUGUUGGUGAGAUCCACAACCACAGGCCGUGAGAGCUACGUUCCCACCAUCUACAUCGCCAAGGUGACACACAGGUGGCUGUUCACAGGCAUCAGCAGGUACAAAGCAGCGGAGCUGCUCAUGCAGCCUAAUAACCCGAGCGGAGCCUUCUUGAUUCGAGAGUCAGAGUCAAACAAAGAUUGUUACUCGCUGUCUGUCCUGAAGAGGGCCAACACUUCAUACUUGGACGGUGUAAAGCACUACCGAAUCCCUUGCCUUGCAAAUGGCUGGGUCUACAUAUCUCCAGGGAUUUCCUUCCCAUCCCUGCAUCACCUGGUGGAACACUAUUCAGAGUCUGCAAGUGGAUUGUGUUGUCGGCUGAUAGAGCCUUGCUUCAUCCAGGGUUUAGACGCUAGAGAAGCCAGGCCUUUACCCACAACUGUCAGAAGGCCUACCAUCAACUGGAAGGACAUUAGCAGGUCAGUGCUUUUCAAGAGGAAGAGAACAGAGUCAGACAACUCUCUGGUGAGCGAAGGGCUGAGGGAGGCCAUCACCUCCUACCUCCAAAUGACAGAGGGCAACGAUCACAGCUGGGACACUUGAGGAGAUGUAGUGGAUCAGUCUGACAAAAAGAAGUCAGAUAGAGGGAAGUCAGAUGCUGGCCUGUCCCAUCUCUAGUUUGGGCAAGCCAAUGGAUGAGGUCAUCGGCAUGCCCAAAUGUAGUCUUUGCAGACCGCCCUGGAGUUGCGGAAGGGCUAAGACACUACAAUGUAUGUUGUAACAAUAUACUGUAUGUCAGCAACAAGACUGUUUUUUGUGUGUUUAAAGAGGCACACAAGGUGUGAGCUGAAAAUUGCAAGUCUGUGAGACAUUUGUUCUCAACUGGUUUGAAAAGUUGAAUGUUUUUCUUAAUUUAAUAUGUGUUGUUGAAUGCAAUAUGAAAAUGCAAAUUCUAUUGUAAUAUGAUUGUUGUUUUUAUGGUUAAGAUAUUGGAAUCCAAUAAAAUAUGUUAGCUAUGUGAUA